AUGAUAGAGAAGAAUGAAGAGAACACUAGGAACCAAUUGACCUCUAUAGCUGAAAUGCUCUCUAGACUAUCUUUACCCCCUCCUACCAACAAAACCACCCAAGCCUGUAGCUCUUCUAGCCUUCCUUCUCAACCCAUUCCAAACUUAAGGGGUAGCGUCAAUGCAAUUACUUUGAGAAGCGGUACAACACUUGAGGAGGUUGAGCUUGAGCCUAUUAUUUUGGUAGAGGAUGUUCCCAAUGUGAAAGUUGAGGAAACGGUGGAAUUAAAUGAGGAUGAAAAGAAGGGAAUAGCAAGGGAAGAGGAUGAACAACUGAAGGCCAAGGAACCAAAGCGGAAGAACAUUUUAGAGGAACAAACUCCCAUACCCUUCCCGACGAUAGCCAAGAAGGCCAAGAAGCAUGAGGAGCUUGACCCUAACAUGGUGCAACUGUUCAAGAAUGUUGAGGUAACCAUCCCACUCUUUGACGCCAUACGUCAAGUUCCAAAAUAUGCUAAAUUUCUUAAGGAGGUGUGCAUCCACAAGGAGAAGAUCGGUGGUUUAGGGGUGAAUUCAUUAGAUAAUUCUGUUUCUCCAGUGAUAGGGGAUCUUCCUGAGAAAUAUAGUGACCCUAGACCUUGCUUGGUAUCGUGUAUGAUUGGUGAGAUACAACUUGCGGAUUGUAUGUGUGAUCUAGGGUCUUGUGUGAAUAUCAUGCCAUUCUCGGUUUAUGAGAAAUUGAACCUUGCAUCUUUGAAGCGAUCGGGAGCUAGAUUCGUGCUAGCCGACACAAAGACACCUUCCAUUGAUUCGGACAUACCAUCCUCCAUCUUGCUUGGGAGACCAUUCUUGAAGACGUCCUGCUUUAAGCUGGAUGCUUAUUCUGGUGAAUAUUCAUUUGAAGUCAAAGGAAAGGUGGUGAUGUUCAAAUUGGACAAAACCAUGGGGAAACCGCCAGAUGUGCACUCCAUUUUCAGUUGUGACAUCAUUGAAGAUGAAAUAAUUGAAGUCCACUUUAGAAGUGAUGAUGAGAUGAAUGUCAGUAAAGGUAAGAGUGGCCAGGGAGUUGGCAAGGAAGAUGAAGAUGCUCCCCAACCUCUAAGUCAUCAAGAAAACAAUGCUAGAUAUAAUGAUCCGAUUGACAAGUGGAAGCAUUACUCCUUGAAGGGUGCUCUUGCCAAGGGUAACAAGAAGAGUAAGGUGGAUGUCCUUGAGGAUGUCCUAAGAAGGUAA